AUGUCCUCGAAACAGCACACCUCCGGUGCGCCAAGCUCAACAACACGCGCCUCCUGGUGGAACUUGUCAACAAGCGCUUUCAGCUGGGCCGAUUCCUCCGGGGUGAACUCUUCAUUGAUGUACGCUAUGGUCAUGUGGAAUUUGUACGACGCCAGAGUUGGCAGCGGAAUGCCCAAUGCACUGCUGUCCACCUGCAGUCUGAUAGGCAGGUCGAUGUCGAAAGAGGUCUCAGUCAGCGUUUUGACCAUCCACUCGUUGCACUGCUCGAUCGGCGGGUCUCUAGGCAGGUCUUUGGGCCAGCCCUCCGACUCUCUUUUGAACUCGUGUAUGCAGUCAAACAUGGUCAUGUGCAGAUUCGAGCUUGGGAGCAUGGUAAUCUUGUUCUUGAACAGAAGAAUCGGGAACUCCUUGUAA